AGAGAGAGAGAGAGAGAGAGAGAGAGGAGAGAGAGAGAGGAGAGAGAGAGAGAGAGAGAGGCUGCAGACUUUCCGACCAGAGAGGAAGAGGAGAGGAAGAAGAGACAGAGAUAGAGGAGUCUCCAUCUUCGCCAUACCAAUCAUGACUCUGGAAGACGGCUUCUGAAAUUCUGUUUGGUACAAAAACUCUUCAGCUACAGAACCAGUGCCACACCGAGCUCUGACCAGAUGGAGGUGAAUGCGGUUAAAAAACGUCAUCGCACACGAUCCAAAGGAGUCAGAGCCGCCGUGGAAGCAGUGACACAGGAGUUAUUCAGCUGUCCCACUCCAGGCUGCGAUGGCAGCGGUCACGUCAGCGGGAAGUACGCCAGACACCGCAGUGUCUACGGCUGCCCGCUGGCCAAGAAGAGGAAGGCUCUGGAAAAACAACCACUGGAGCCAGCUGCCAAGAGGAGGCCCUUCCUCACCUCCUGCACGGGGGAGGAGGGGGAGAACGCCAGCGCCUACACCAGCUACCAGAAUGAAGCCAUGGUGGUGGGGGAAGGAGGGAAGGAGCAGGGGGAGGUAGUGGAGGAGGACGAGGAGGACGAGGAGGGGGGGAGAGAAGGAGAUGAAGACGGCGAUGUGGAGGACGAGUUCUCGGAGGACAACGAGGAGCAGGGAGAGGAGGAGGAAGAGGAGGAUGAGGUAGAGGUGGAGAGAGUGGAUACGACAAUGGGAGGAGAACGGGUUGAGGACGAGGAAGAGGAGGAGGAUGAGGAGGGGAUGUAUGAGGAGGAGGAAGAAGUGGAGGAUGGAGAUGAUGAGGAGGAGCAGGAUGAUGAGGGAGAGGAAGACGAGGAGGAGGAAGAGGAGGAGCCUAAUCGUCAGCAUGAGAACCACUACAAACCCAGUGGACAAUCAAAGCUCAUACCAAUCCAGAAGGACGACAACAACAACAACAGCUGCACCAUCAGCGCCGGUAACGGCACCGGAGAGGAUUACGAGAACUACGACGAGCUGGUCGCCAAGUCGCUGCUCAACCUGGGGAAGAUCGCCGAAGACGCUGCCUACCAGGCCAUGACCGAGUCUGAGAUGAACAGCAACUCUUCCAACAGCGCCGGGGAAGACGAUGAUGACGACGAGUUUGACUGCAGCAAUCAUGGCGACCGAAAGGGCGAACUGAGCGUGGACCUGGACAGCGAUGUUGUCAGGGAGACGGUAGAUUCCCUGAAGCUCCUGGCGCAGGGACACGGCGCCAUGCUGCCCGAGGACGGCUACUCAGAAGGUGUCAUGGUGGACGACAUGGGCCAUGCAAACGGGCGGUCCGGCGUGGGGGUGAGGGUUCAGGCAGAGGAGAGCGAGGAGGAGGUGUGUCUCAGCAGUCUGGAGUGUCUGAGGAACCAAUGCUUUGAUCUGGCUCGCAAACUAAGCGAGACACAAUCGUGCGAUCAUCCCGCCCUCCACGCCCUCCACCAUCAACUCCAAAUGCCAACAGACCACCAGGUGAUGCAUCACCUGAACAGGUACGACAGCUGCCAGCAGAGUGUCCAGGAGGAGCACAGGUCUCUGGAACGCAGCUACUCCGACAUGGUGAACCUGAUGAAGCUGGAGGAGCAGCUGAGCCCGGGCUCCAGAGGUUAUCCAACCAGCUGCAGCCAGGAGGGCGACGAAGACACCACGUCUGUGGCCUCCGACCGCUCGGACGAGACCUUCGACAUGGCCAAGGGAAACCUGUCGCUGCUGGAGAAGGCCAUCGCCCUCGAAUCAGAGAGGGCGAAGGUCAUGAGGGACCGUAUGGCCUCAGAGCAUUCGAUGCCCCGUCGGGAUCACCACCAUCAUCGAGGCCACGGCGAGCACAGCUCGAGGCUGAGCUGCGCUGGCGAGGAGCGCAAGUCCAGGAUGCACCACGACGGACUGAAGAGGGCGUACUACCCUAAAGACUCUUCUAGGGGGGAGAAAAAGGAGAGCAAGUGUCCGACGCCGGGCUGUGACGGGACUGGUCAUGUGACGGGUCUGUACCCGCAUCACCGCAGCCUGUCCGGUUGUCCUCACAAAGACCGAGUCCCGCCUGAGAUCCUUGCCAUGUAUGAGAAUGUUUUAAAGUGCCCCACUCCCGGCUGCUCUGGACGGGGUCAUGUCAAUAGCAACAGGAACUCGCAUCGCAGUCUGUCCGGCUGUCCCAUCGCUGCUGCAGAGAAGAUGGCGAAGGUCCAUGAGAAGACCCUGCCAGCUGAGAGCGGCAGUAAGACCAAUCAGACGUCAGACCGUGUCCUCAGGCCGAUGUGUUUCGUCAAGCAGCUGGAGAUUCCUCAGUACGGCUACAAAAACAACGUUCCGACCAGCACACCGAGGUCCAACCUGGCCAAGGAGCUGGAGAAAUACUCCAAGACCAGCUACGACUACGGCGGCUACGACGGCCAGCAUGGCAGCUACGGAAAAAGAGUUCCGACGACCAAGUCCCACCACGGGAGAGACACUUCCCCGAAGGGAUACGAUGUUAAGCGCUACUGUAAGACGUCGAGCCCGGCGAGCAGUACGACCAGCAGCUACGCUCCCAGCAGCAGCAGCAGCCUGAGCUGUGGCGGAGGAGGCGGUGGAGGAGCCGGUGGAGGAGGAGGAGGAAGCAGCGCCAGCAGCACCUGCAGUAAGAGCAGCUUCGACUACACCCACGACAUGGAGGCGGCCCACAUGGCGGCCACAGCCAUCCUCAACCUGUCGACCAGGUGCAGGGAGCUCCCGCACGCUCUGGGAGGGAAACCCCAGGACCUGCUGACACAGAUCUCAGCAGUCAACUUGAGCCCGGUUGGCGACCUAGACGACGGCGGCGCGGUGGAUGUGUCCGGUCAGCCCGGCGGUCCGGAGGGCAGCGGGACAGUGUUGACCCCCCUGCAGCCGAUGUCGCCCCAGCGGCAGGCUCUGCUCAGCAGCCGCUGCUACCAGCUGAGCGACACGGACUGCUGGGACCUGCCCGUCGACUACACCAAGAUCAAACGUCUGGGGGAUGAGCAGGACCACAAAGAGUCUUCUUAUUUCUCGUCCCUACACCAGAGCGACGAGCUGGAUCCCUUCCAGGAGCUGAUGGACGAGCAGCGCUACCCGGCCGAGGUCACCAUGCCCAGCCCCAAGCACCACAAGUACCCGCCCUGCAAGGAGAGCAAGAAGGAGCUCAUCACGUUGUCGAGCUGCCAGCUGGCCGACAAGAGCAUCCGCGGGAUGAUGACGACCAACUCACAGGAGCUCAGGUGUCCGACCCCCGGCUGCGAUGGAUCUGGACACAUCACUGGAAACUACGCCUCCCACAGGAGUCUGUCCGGUUGUCCACGAGCCAAGAAGAGCGGCAUCAAAAUUCUCCACAGCAAAGAGGACAAGGACGACCAGGAGCCAAUCAAGUGUCCGGUGCCGGGCUGUGAUGGACAGGGUCAUGUGACAGGGAAGUACGCCUCCCACCGCAGCGCGUCAGGCUGCCCCUUGGCAGCAAAGAGGCAGAAGGACAGCUACGUCAACGGCUCGCAGUUUGUCUGGAAAUCUGGAAAGACGGACGGCAUGAGCUGCCCGACCCCCGGCUGUGACGGCUCGGGACAUGUCAGCGGGAGCUUCCUGACCCAUCGGAGGUGGGCCCUCUCCGGUUGUCCCCGUGCCACCUCCGCCAUGAAGAAGGCCAGGAUGAGCGGCGUGGAGAUGCUGACAAUCAAGCAAAGAGCAAGCAAAGGCAUCGAAAAUGAUGAAGAAAUCAAACAGCUGGAUGAAGAAAUCAAAGAUCUGAACGAGUCCAACAAUCAAGUGGAGUCCGACAUGAUAAAACUGAGGACACAAAUCACCACUAUGGAGACGAGCCUGAAGUCCAUCGAGGAGGAGAACAAGGCGAUCGAGCAGCAGAACGACUCGCUGCUGCACGAGCUGGCCAACCUCAGCCAGUCGCUCAUCAACAGCUUAGCUAACAUCCAGCUUCCACACAUGAGACCGCUGCCACAGAAAGAGGCCCCAGUAAAACAUAACUGCUGUUUACAGAUGCCUCCCAGAGAGCCAAUGAAUGAACAGAACUUUGACACUUAUGUGAGUACAUUGACAGACAUGUACACUCACCAGGACCAGUACCAGAGCCCGGAGAACAAGGCGCUGCUGGAGAACAUCAAACAGGCCGUUCAGGGUAUCCAGGUUUAGCCCUGGCUGAGGCCAAAAUAACAAAUGCAAAGCAAAAACAACAACAAAAAAAGAGUUAAAAGAGGGUAAUGGGUUGUUUUUGCUGCUGUAAUCUACCAUAGUUCUUUUAAUUCUUCUGCUGUUAUGCUCUCAACUCCAUGGGUAUCUCUUUUUUUAUUAUUUUGAUUGUCGUUGCCUUGCUUUGAAAAACAAUUACCAACGUUUUAAACGAACAUUCACGUUUUGUACAUUUUCAUAUGACCUAAUAUAAUGUGAUGUACUGUUUAUAGCUGCUAAUGUAUGCACAUUCUAGUGUAUAUGUAUUUAUUGUAAGCUUGAAUCAUUUCUUAGUUUAAUGCGAUACAUCAAAAAACUGGGCGUCACGGGUUUAACGGGGAGCGGAGCGGCGAGGGGGAACCUGAAGAGCAAUCAUUUCCGAAAGGCUUUUCUCACGAGCUGUAAAGCUGGAGGUUUGGAUGUAAUUCAUUCAUUUUUGUAAUGUUUGGAAGUGGACACUAAUAUUACUGUAAAUCUUUGGCUAAAAUUAGGAGAAGAACCAAUGCUAUAAGCAAGAAGAUUUCAAACAUCAUGACACGGAAACUUACUGGUGCAAAUCCCAUCAUCCCCUUCGGAGUUGUUUCGUUUCAAACUGUUCUGUCGCUUUUCUUUGUUCGUGCGGAGAACGAAGCCGAAAGACCAAUGGCUACAGAAAAUGUAGGAGACAAUCUGCCAUUCUGAAUUUCUUUUAAUCAUCAACCUUGAACUAGCUAAUAGGACAAUGUGUCAGCAAUAUUGGUAUGAUAAUAUAAAAUCGUUUGUUUAGAUAUGGGAUGCAAUCUAUAUGAAAAAAUGUUUGGGUAUAUGCAAUUUCUUAUGAAUAUAACUAGCAAAGAGCUGAUAGAUCUUUUUACUAACUAUAAAUGUAUUGCGUUUUGUAUAACCUUUUACUACAAUCAUGUUUUAGGAAUCUGACGCGGGUGAAAGGACUUUGGUUCUGUCAUGUUCGACUUUGCACAGGGACACCUUUGUUUCCAUGUUUUGAUGUUUUUAUUGUCGAUUAAGAGGCACUUGGCAGGCGGAAGGAUUUGUAGAUAUGAUUUUUCUAUCUAAAGGCCGACAGCUCCACUGGACUUACAGGGUCAAACGUCCCCAUCCCUCAUUGUAUAUUGCACUCGUUCUGUAGAAAACGUCUUUCCGACCAUGCAUCUUAUUGUGUGAGCCGCAAUGGGACAUGAAGGAAGAUGAGAAGAUGAAGAGAAAGUAGAGCCAGCAGUCGGAACGCGACGUCUGCGCACUGAAUUUACCGACUGAGUAUUUGAUCUGAAUCGGCCUUACGAUGACAGUUGGUCUGAAAUCACAGUACUGAUGGAAAAUGUUUUCUGAACACCGUCGAUCAUGCAUGCACUUUAUUGGAGUAUGUCAAAGUAUUAUCACGUGGUAAAUGAAGCAAAAACUGUACAGCGAGUUUGUGGAAACUGUGACUUCGACAAGACUUUGUGCUGGUGGUUCCUGUUUGAAAGCAACUUGGAACAAAUUUCACUGAGUUGAUUUGUUAUUUAAAGGAAAACUCCCCGUCCGGUGUCUGAGAGCAGAAGGAACCACAGCGUUUGAAACAUCCUCAGUGUUGGAAAUGCUCCAUUUGUACCCACGUACAACAUAGUGUUGCGAAUGACAAUUUUAAAACAUGAAUGCAUGGUUGCAUUUUAAAUAUGAGAAAUGUUUCUCUUUGUACAAAUAGAGUCACAACAUGCAAGAGUUAUCUCGUGGGGAGACUGUCGGCUGAAUACAAGAGCAAAAGAUGAACAGAUAUGUUAACAAAUAUUUUAGUCAAAGGAGCACGUGUGUGUGUGUGACGAAGGGAACUGCAACUCCCAAUGUGCAUUGUGGGGAUAAACAUCCAAUCACAGAGCUUAGAAUUCUGCUUUGUGCGAUCGUCCUUCAGGAAGAACGGAAACUAAAAGAUUAUUCUUUUUGUAAACUGCAGCUCAAAUGCUCCGUCUGGUUCAGUGUCGUACCUCGACCUCAACUCUAAACUCUAAAAUGAGCUGUUUGAGAUUUCCUACAUUUCCCAGAAUGCCUUGCAAUAGAGAAAGAGAUUAAACUUUUUUGGUAAAUGAGGAUAAAAUGAAAUAAAAUACGUCGAGAACAUUUGUUGAGUGGUCAUGAAAACGUGGGUUUGAAUUACGCACUUUCUCUCACUUAUAACCACAAAGUUUGGAUUUCUGUUUCCUAAUGUAAAGACAUUAAAGUAGAAACUCAAUUUGUAACUUCAACCGAAUCAAAACCAUCUCAUUGGUGACUGAGGGACUAAUCCCUAAAAGGUGACGUUUAAUACUUUUCAGAAACAUAAACACCAAACUGCUAACGGGGAGUUUUCCUUUAAAGAUGCUUCUUUUUUGGACUUUUACUGCAAAGCCUCAUUCCCUGACUUCACAUCUCUGUCCAAAGCUUUGUGUCUGCAGCUUCCUGCCAGUAAACUUCUGCAUUAGAUAGACUGGCAGCUUGUAUUUUUUAUUUAGUGGGUUAUUCUUACUGAUAACAAAGGAAAUGGGAGUUAAAGCACAAUUCUGCCACUUAAAGACAAGUCAAUAGACUAGAUAUUGUAAUAUCAGAUGUAAAAGCUAAACUGUAACUAUUUACAUAGAGAAUCUCAACACUAACAUGUGACAUGCUAGAAUGCAAAAGAAAUCCAUAUGAAUAUUUGUGAAAUCAUCAGUUUAUGAAAAUGUUAGUUUCUUUUCAGCGGUGCAUUGAUAAGGGGUUUUUAUACAACAUUCAUUUUCUCUCCUUUUGCCCCUUUUUCUGUGACACUCGCAAACUUUCAACAACAGUUUUCUUACCACAUGGCAUGGGUUUUGUUGAUAUUUUAAUUUGACUUGUGAAGUUUGUACAAUUUUUAUCAUGCUGGUGUUGGCAUCUCUUGCUCUGAAUAAAUCUUGUGUUGCAACACUGAA